AUGAAGUGCAUCGCAGCUGUAGUCAUGAUCGCCUUUGUUGCAGGCGCAUCAGCUCACGUUACUCCCUUGGUCUAUUCCGCACCAUCAGUGGCUUAUCAAGCCGCUCCUUUGACCUAUGCCACCAACUAUGCAACCAAAUAUGUUGCAUCUCCCGCCAUCACUCAAUACUCCUCCGUUCCAGAACGCAAAUAUCUCACUACCUAUGCCGCUCAAGCUCCAGUUGUUACCUACAGUGCCCCAACUGUCUACCAAUCUGCUCCAGUUUAUGCUGAACCCACUUACACCAAAUACGUUGCCGCUGCUCCUUUGGCUUAUACCACAAAAGUUGUUGCUGCCCCAGCUCCAUUGACCUAUGCCACGAAAGUUGUUGCUGCCCCAGCUCCAUUGGCCUACACCACGAAAGUUGUUGCUGCUCCCGUUGUCGCUGCUCCAGUUGCCUACACUGCCGUCCAAGAAGAAGCCAAAUACACUGCCGUUAACCGCGGUGCUGUCCAUGAAGCUCCUCUUCCAGGACACACUUUGUCUCAAACUUCAUUGAACUUGGCCCCAGCUGCUAAGUAA